GCAAAGGGCCGUUUUGUUGAGGUCUGCUUGUGUUCUAGAGAGAUCUUUGUCGAUCGUUGGACGAGAGUUGAGUGGUUUUUAAGUGUAGAGUUGUAUGAUUCUGCUCCUCCAUUUUCUGUGAUUCUUUUUAACUUUUUUUUUUCUCUGUGACGCUGUGCUUGGAGGUGUGAAUGAUGCGUUGCUCUGUGUAACUUGUGCUGUGCUUCGAAUCAUUAAGCUAGCUCCUGUGCUGUUUCUUUGGCCAUCAUCACUGCCAAAGCCAUGACUCCAUCCGCCAAAAGCAGCCACCGUGUUGUGGCUAUCAUCCUCCUCCUGCUUUUUCCACUCAUGACUCGCUGCCUUGGAGGAGGACCAGUCCAGUCGAGGAAGAUGGUUUCCAAUCCCGAAAGAGAGACUCCAUCCGGCCCUGACGAUCCGGAGCAGUACCGGAUGAAGCACAGGACGAGCGGCUGCGGCGGGAGAGACUUCCAGACCGCUCCAUCAUCGAAUGAUCCUCCGGCGGUGGUCGCCAAGCCAGAUCGAGACGUUCCAAAUGGUCCCGAGGAUCCCUACUCGUCGCAUGUCAAAGAGAUGUCUUCGUGCUGGAAGCCUCACGCUCGAUAGAAUGGAAGAAGUAUAUAGCUCCCUAACGAGUAACGAUGAUAUGUAUCAAUCUC